AUGUCGAAUGGGAGUGGCGAAACGUUCAAUUCGAAAACAGACUAUUCGUUUGGUAAUGAACCCUACAUGGUGUAUUUUACUACACCCGAUGCUGAUAAUUUAAUUUUAACGAUAGAACACAAGUUAACUUGUGAUCGAUGGUGUGGAAGAUAUAGCAGUCAACAUAUUCAGACGUUGACAAGCAAGGCAAACAGUUACAAGCCAUUCCAUACCUUUCUUAAAAUGAUUUAUCAAGCAUUGAUGAAAAAGUCAAAUUCUGUGUCUCUUGAAUUUAUUACGAAAAACCAAAUGGAGGUACUAUUUCAAAAAAAGGCAUCAUCAUCAAAAGGUUCAUCAUCGACGCCGUCCAUGGACGAGAGUGAGACGAGCAAAGCAUCUUUGACACCUUCCAACACUAGAUAUUUAAUUGUCAUAUACUACACUGAGUACGAUUGUGUUAGAUACCCUCUUCCACUUGCGUAUGAGGAACCAAACAUCGAAAUACUAAAAAAUCUAAUUCAAAAUCUAAGAACAGAAAACGAACAAUUGAAAAAGCCAAAUAAGGAAAUUGAGAAAUUAACUAGAGAAAAGAGAGAGGUGGAGGAAGCCUUUCGAAAACUUCAAGUAGAGUCAGCAAACGAAGUCAAGCAUGUAAGAAAACAAUACGAUGAAUUAGUGCGUGAAUUACACAUUCAAACAGCAGAGAUUGAAAAGCUUAAGAAACAACUAGCCCAGCAGUCGGAUCAACUCCAGAGGGCGCCAGAGCUUGAGGAAAAGGUCAUACUCCUUAAGAGAGAGUUACGGAAUGCAAAGAAUGAAAUUGAACAAUUACGAGCAGAAAACACAAAGUAUUACCUCAGCAAGCAACAAGUACAUUCCGAUAGCCGAAGCUCUGUCACAAAAUCUAGGUCAACUCGUUCUCCAUCUCCAAAGAUUUCAUCAUCGCCACGAGUAGAGAGAAGUAGAUCCCCAACUAGGAGAGCCAGCGUUGAAAAACGAGGAGCUACCUCUCGAUCAUCAUCUUCAGAAAGAAGAAUUUCAGGUUAUGAAUCUCCAAAAACCUCCAAAUCAGCCCUUCCAAAACACUUAAUUCCCACCUCAACAUCUACCUCAUCCACCAGAAAUUCUCGUUCCAUGUCUCCCUCACUUCGAAGCAAAACUCCAACAAAAGACGAGAGAAAAGGGGCGUCUUCCUCUGCGUUGUCAUCAAGAAAAGUACCAAGCUCUCCGUCACGAGGAAGACCUCUCGAAUCACCUCGACGAUCUCGCACCAGUACUACAGACGAAAAGAAAUCAAGACACAAAGCUCCAAAGAAAACAUAUUACGAUACUUCAGAGGAUGAAAGUGAAUUAGCAAGCAAUGCUGACAUGUAUUCUUCUCAAACUAGUCCUUACAACUCUGAUGACUAUUCAGAUUACAGUUUUUCUUCAGUCUCUGAGCGUAGAGGCUCUUCGUCUAGGUCGUCAUCCACAAAGAGAAAACCAACUGUUGUACCUACUUCGAGCUCCAAUCGAUCUCACUCCAAAGGAAAGCAUCGAUGA